AUGGCAGUCUGUGCGCUGCACACUGCGAUUACGGGUCAGAGGAAAUCCCAGUACUGCUAUCAUGAAGUGGAGAGCCUGGGGAGGCUGCGCUGGUCCUGUUUUAGGAUCCGCUUGGGUGUUCAGAGCCUCCCUUGGCCUUGCACUGUCUGCCUGCCUUCUCCUCUUGCGCCUUGUGGGAACCUCCCGCUGCGCGCCUUGUUUCUCCCCAGGAAUGGUGAGUGUGGUGCCAGCUCCCUGCCCCUGGAUCCCUCAUGCUUUCUGUGCUUCCUUUCCAGCAACCCAAAAGUCCAGGUGGAGGCCAUCGAAGGGGGAGCCCUGCAGAAGCUGCUGGUCCUCCUGGCCACAGAGCAGCCGCUCACUGUGAAGAAGAAGGUCCUGUUUGCGCUGUGCUCACUGCUACGCCACUUCCCCUAUGCCCAGCAGCAGUUCCUGAAGCUGGGGGGGCUGCAGGUACUGAGGAACCUGGUGCAGGAAAAGGGCGCCGAGGUGCUGGCUGUGCGCGUGGUCACCCUGCUCUACGAUCUGGUCACUGAGAAGAUGUUUGCUGAGGAGGAGGCUGAGCUGACCCGGGAGACACCCCCAGAGAAGCUGCAACAGUAUCGCCAAGUGCACCUCCUACCAGGCCUGCAGGAACAGGGCUGGUGCCAGAUCAUAGCCCACCUCCUGGCACUGCCUGGGCACGAUGCCCGUGAAAAGGUGCUGCAGACACUGGGCGCCCUUCUGGCUCCCUGCCGGGACCACUACCGUCAGGACCCCCAGCUCAGCAGGACACUGGUCAGCCUGCAGGCCGAGUACCAGGCUCUGGCCAGCCUGGAGCUCCAGGACGGCGAGGAUGAGGGCUACUUCCGGGAGCUGCUGGGCUCUGUCGACAGCUUGCUGAGGGAGCUGAGAUGAGCCCCCUCCAGACCUGGACUGGGACGCUGCUAGUGAGGCUGACGGGCACCAGCUUGGGUGGGCUCUUCAGGGGACAUCAGGCAGGCAGGCAUCAUCUGGGCAGUGCUGGCUUGGCCAUUAAAUGGAGAUGUGCAGGCC